UGUAUUUUUAUAAAUCUUUAUUUCUCUAUUUUCUUUUAUCAUUCUCUCUCAUUCGAACUUUUUUGUUUUUAAUUUUGUUAAAAAUAAUUUUAUUUUUAAAGAGUUAAUAAAAAAAUAAAAAUGCCUUCAUUGAAAGAAUAUUUUAUGCUUGAUAGGCUUGGAAAAUUCCGUGAUACUUUAAAACAAGUUGGAGGGUUUAAGGCUGCUUUUAAGCAGAUGUAUUUGACUGAUGAUUUGAAAAAAGGAAAUUUUGUUGGAGAAGACCAAUUUGGAAAUAGAUAUUUUGAGGACAAUUCACAAUUUAUGCCUCGCAAUCGUUGGGUAAUUUAUACAGAAAAGAAAUGGUUGGAAUAUGAUGGUUCACAAAUCCCUCCAGAAUGGCAUAGAUGGAUUCAUCAUAUUUGUGAUAAACCACCAACUAUUGAGAAAUUAUCUAAUCCAAAAUGGCAAUUGGAACAUCAGGAGAAUUUAAGCGUUGAAUUAAGCAAGAAAUAUGUUCCUUAUUCGACAACUCGGCCAAAGGUACAAGGAUGGACAGGACCUGGACGUAAAGAUAUUGGGGUUUGAAAAGAUUUUAAAUUAUAGAUUAUAGAAAAUAAAAAUUAAUUUUUUUAAUUGUAUUAAAUAGAUUUUUUGAAAAUAAAUGUUUUUCUUUAGAUUUUUAAAAUUGGCUUCAAUUAUGUGACUACUGAGGGGGGGGGGCUUGGAUCGAAUCCUAAUAUGAGGAAUCUUUUUAAGUUUUUUAAAUUUAUUAUUAAUUACAUUGCGAAAAGAUAAUGCAAAAUCUCCAUAACGGCUCCUCUCCCACGUUACCCUUUUUCGUGU